CUCUCUUGAACCCCCUUACACGAGCGAUACAGCUAGGAGACUACAUCUACCACAAGUAUGCCGGGGCCCAAUUUGAAGGACGUUCAGAGCGUGAACGAGUUCGACUCGAUCAUCAAGGGCCUUCCGGCUUCUAAAGCUUGUUUCGUGGACUUUACUGCGACUUGGUGUCCGCCCUGCAAGAUGAUCGGACCGAUCUUUGAGAAACACGCUGGGACGACCCCUCAUGCGCAGUUCUUAAAAGUCGACGUGGACAGACUUCAACCCGUAGCAGCGAGGUAUGGGAUCCGGGCGAUGCCGACGUUCAUCGUGAUCAAGGGUGGGCAGAAGGUCGGGGAGAUGAUGGGCGCCAACCCGGCCGGACUCGCGAACCUGAUCAAGACGCACGCUGGGGCGGCUCCUCCUGCUGGAUCGAGCUCGACCGGGGCCGGAGCUGGUGCUGGAGCGGGGUCGUCGGCUUCGGCUCCGGCGGAACCUGGUGUGGAAUCGCUACUCCCGCAAGUGCAUACCGCCCAGCUCACCUGCUUGAACGAGAGCGCCGAUCAUGGGAUCAAGAGCAUCGUCGGCAGUGGAGCGGGGAAGAAGGGGAGUAGUUAUUUGGAGAGCGAGAGCGAUCCGGAGUUGUUGGUCUAUUUGCCGUUCAAUCAACCGGUCAAGAUCAAAUCCAUCUCGUUCUUCUCCGGCAUCUCCCCACCCCAGGGGCCCAAGACGGUCCAGCUGUUUAUCAACCAGCCGCAGUUCGAUUUCGCCGAUGCGGAUUCUCACGAACCGACACAGGAAUUGGUUUUGAGCGAGGGGGACGUCAAGGGCGGAAAUAGGAUCGAUCUGAGGUUUGUCAGGUUCCAGAACGUUAAUAGUUUGCAUAUCCUCGUCAAGGACAAUCAGGGGGACGAGGAGACCACCCGGAUCGACUCGUUUGACGUGUACGGAAGCGAGGUUCUCAUCGAAGUCGUCUUGCCUUCAGCCGAGGAGGAGGAGGACGUCGCAGGAGGACCAGCCGGUUUCGAUGCUCGUAGUCGGCAGGUCUUGCGAGAGGUUCUAGGGGCUGCCGUCGACGUCGCCUUUGAUGGCGAGAACGAGAACGGGAACGAGAACGAGGGUUAG